AUGUCUCGGGCCACUAUAUCCGCGCCUCAAUCCAGAGCAUUGACUCUUACGGAAGAAUUGGAAAAAUUGGAGCAGUCAAUAACGCUCACCUUGCAGGAAAUUGAUCACAAUUUCAGCCGUGCUCAUCGGAUCGUGACAACAAGCAUUCUCCCUGUUGUAGAGCAAUAUACUGCUCACUCGAAGGAUGUUUGGGAGGGAUCCAAGUUCUGGAAACAGUUUUUCGAGUCCAGUGCCAAUGUGUCCUUGUCAGGCUAUGAGGAGCAGCCCUCUCAAUAUGAUAAUACCGACUUGACAGUGACUGAGGACUCAAAUGUUACAACACAAACUUCUCUGGAAACUUCAGAGUCCUAUGAAACACCAUCAGCUCAGCAUAUUUCAACCGAUUCGAUACAAGACCUCGAUCUGUCCAACUUGACUAUUUCGCCGUCACAUAAUACCCCUCGGCCGACAGCGAAGCAGAAAGCUCAGCAGCCGGCAUUUGCGGAAUAUCCGUCUCCUUAUGAAACUUUACGCCAGGAAAUCAACAACACGACUGUCGAUGCUACUGCUCUUUCGCAAGCUACUGCACCAGAAACUCCAAACAGACCACAAUUUACAAUGGACGAUAUCGCAGUCACGCCUCGAUCAUCACCAUAUCUUCCCCCUCCCACUUCGAUACCACGUCCAUCGACGGCACGCAAGCAUACUGACCCUCUACUCCAUCGAGUUUUAGAUCGCAACUACAGAGUGCAAGCCACACCGCUGACCACCACGCGUUUUAAAUCUUUUCAAUCGAAGACUGCUGCUAGCCCUGCAACCACAAGGCGCGUCCGAAAUGCGAACAUUGACUCCAACUUAUCAUCCAGCCCAGAAGUCGCACCGCCCGAGCUCCAUCCUGAAAUUUUCACUUCCCCCGAACGCAAACACGUCAUUCCAGGAGUCAGCGUUUUGACACCAUCACGUGGCAAAUCUCACAUACCAAAGGCACCAACGCGCACACCGGGAAUAUGGGACAGUGACGAGGACGACCUUGAUGACGAAUUAGACUUUGGCCAGAGUCCGCCAAAAACCAUGCAAUUCCACGUCCCACAGCAGCGUCUGCUGAAGACACCAGCCAAGGAAGCUUCAAAACGCAUUGUAGAUGAUAUCUUGACAACGGCAGGACUAGACUAUGAUGACGAAGAGAUUGAUUUUUCCAAAGAGUUGGAGACCCAAGGGUUCGAUGUAGAUGAGAACAGUCCUAGUGUUGUUCGCAGAGCUGCCAACAUUGAGGACGAGACGUUUUAA